CCCGGGCCCCCAGGGCCCCCACGCCCACUCUCCCCUACUCCUCCCCUGCCUCGCCCAGCGCACUACCCUGGCCGCCCUGGCCUCCGGCCCAGCUCCCGGCCCUCAAGGUGGGCCUGGCCCGCAUCCCCCGCCCUCGGCGCUCCCCCUCCCCCUCCCUCACUGCUGUCGCGCCGCGACGCCUCCUCAGCGCAGCCGCCAUUCCCCGCGCCCGCCACCCAGGCCCGGCUUCCACAAAACACCUGAGGACCGCAAAGACAGGGGCGGGACGUUGGUGCUCGCGGUGCGUUCCUCCGCCUACUCCAGCCCAAACGACCUGGGAGACGAGUCAGACGCGCCCUCCCGGGUGCUGCGGGACAACCCGCGAGGUUGGCGGGAGGGCGCGAGCUCCAGUGCGCGGACGCAGUGCUGCCGUCGACUUUGCGCAGGCGCAGAGCUGCCCGCCCUCGGGCCCUGCGCGGGGAGGCUGGUCCCAACCUUGCGUGGGCUUCGCGUGGGCCCGGCCUCGCCGCUGCAGUCGCCCGCCUGGCAUGGCCAACUGGGUGUUCUGUAAUCGCUGCUUCCAGCCGCCCCACAGGACGUCGUGCUUCAGCCUCACCAACUGCGGGCACGUGUACUGCGACGCCUGCCUCGGCAAAGGUAAAAAGAAUGAAUGCUUGAUUUGUAAAGCUCCUUGUCGUACAGUUUUACUUUCAAAGCAUACCGACGCAGAUAUCCAGGCAUUCUUCAUGAGCAUAGACAGUCUGUGUAAGAAGUACUCGAGGGAAACCUCCCAGUAUCUCAGGCUUUCCCGAGGCUGUUGCCGUCUCAAGUUAUGCCCAGCCACAUCCUCCAGGGAGGUGCCCAGAGGCUCGACCCAUGGAAGCCAAGCAGCAGCCAGAGAUCCCCAAGAACACUGGGUCAGCACAACAUGGGCACCCAGACCAGGAUGCCGGCGGUCCCAGAGCCAACCAGAGGCCCAUGGAAACACCAUCCAGGACGCACCUCACCCCCUCACCCUGCUCCAUCCCAGCGGGACCCUCACUCACGCCAAGUCCCCUUGGGGCCGGAAGUUGCUUGAGUUCAUAAAACAUGUCUGUUAUCACAGACAUCGGAGCCACAGGCUGCACGCUCCAGGGUGGUUUUGCCAAGUGCUGCAGAGGCCAGGUGCUGUCUCAGGAGAGAAGACCCAGCAGACCUGGCCAGCCCCUCCAGCCACCUGUCUGCUCUGCCUCUCGUGCCUCUCAGGCUUCCGGCAUGGACCGUGGAGACGGCUGGCUCCAGCCUGGGCAGCACAGGCUCUGCCCAGUGACCUCGUGGCCCCACUGUUUGUCAGUUACACUGUGGAGGUGAGCGUCACAAACGCAGGGUGGAGUUUUCCCGCAGCUGUGUGACGUGAGGUGGUAUUGUAACAUUUAUGCUCUAAUAUCAACGUAACAUAAAUAUUGGAAUAUUUGUUACAAUAUGUUAACACAUAAUGGAUUUAUUGUUAUUUUUAAAUGAAUUAAUAAAUACUUUUAGAUUUGUCUCAGUCUUAAUUUCUAAUAGGGUAAAUAUCAACAGAUAAAACCCACAUAAGCAAAGCUCUCUGGGGCCCUCAGUCACUUUUAAGAGUGCAAAACUGGCCCAAGACCAAAACUGAGCACCAAGGCUCAGGCCUCAGGACCUGCCCUGGGACAGCGUCAACAAACCACCUCAGCCACUGCCUGCCCUGGUCCGCCUUCCUAGUCUAGUUGGUAACAAUUAAACAUCUUCCUCUUCCCAAUAAUCCUCUAAGAUCCGUUCCAUCCACCCAGCCUCUGCCCUACCACAGGCUGCGUCAGCACCGAGCAUGCAGACCCUGGUCCUGGCGUAGUCGGGAGCUCAUGUGGACGAAUGCAGGCACAGGCCACUCCAUGGAGGAGAACUGGUAUUGAACCGAAGAGUGAGAAGUGUGCUCCGGACCAGGCAGCCGCCUCUCCUGGCCUCUUGGCAAGAGUCCGCGUGAGUGACCUGCAUUCUCCCCCGACUGCCUUGACUCUCAGGCCUUCGCGGCCUCCCAGUUCGCAGGAUGCGGGCAAAGCACGCGUGAGCACCGGGCAGCUCUUCCUUGGGGCCCUGGGCUGACCUGGCCCAGCGCAGCCUCUGUGACCAUCACAGCCCUGGAGUUUUGCAAUGAUUUCAUUGACCUGUUUCUCUGGCUCAGUUCAAGAGGCAUAUUCUCUGCAAGAUAAACACUCGCUGUCCCUUUUAAACUUUGUUUUAUUAUUAAAAUCUACCCUCUUCUGAGGCCACACCCAGUGUCUCAAGUCUCUAGGCCCCAACAUUGGUCAGAGUCCAGGCCAGACAAACCACGGAGGCGGCAUGAGGCUGCAGGCCUGUGUGGCUCCCCCUAAUGGAGUCCUGGAGGCUGGUGUAGACCCUGCAACACCCAGACAAGUGGGUCUUGGCUGCCCCCCAAGCUCAUGUGAGGCUCCCCAGCUCCACCCUCAGUAGAACUCAUCCCAUCUGCUGCUCAGGUCCCCUUGGAGACUUUCCCUGCAGCCCAGUCCUUGCUGCGGCCACACCUGCCCUGCCAAAUCAGGAUCAGCCACAGACUGACCUCGUCUCCCCAAGGCCUUUCUCUAAGAACAGCCAGACCAGGCACCCCCACAGCCGGGAUGAGGCGCGUCUGCUGGUAGGUUCCUCCACGAACAUGUGAAGCUGAGGAGCAGAGGCGCUUGCCUGCAGGGUGGAAUGUUCCUGCUGAGGGUGCUUUGGAGAAGCUUCCCACACAGGCACAAUUGAGUGUGGCUUUGAGGGGCAUGUGCAGGUGUCCCCGACAGGCAGCAGGACUUGCGAAGCGUCGGCAAAGGUGGGAAAGGUGCCCUGGCCAUGGCCUGCAAUGUGCACAAGAGCUGGGGUCAGGGCAGCCUGCGGAGUCCUUCUGUCCACUCCUCUUCAUAGCCCACGGGGUAGCACCCAGGACUGUCUUCCCUCCUUGGUGGAGACGUAGUCCCCUUGUCGAGUAGGGGAGAACCCUAGAGCUCCAAGUCAUUCUGAGGACGCAGCAGCCAGGAAACCACGAGGCUGUCAUCCCCAUCCUCUGGAGACGGCCUCUCAUGGAGGAGGUUGGGAACAAAGGCCUGGCAUGUGCUGGGCCUGUCUUUCCACAGGAGGGAAGAAGCCUGCCCUGUGUUUGCACCUGGCCAGUGAGCCAUGGGCAGACAAGGUCGCUCCCUCCUGCUUGUGUUAUCAUCGCAGAUGGCAAGGUGGAGUGAAGUGGGGGAUGGAGCUAGAGGACGCCAACUUUCAGUACCAGUGGAGCCACAGUUAGCCCUGCUGUCUGUCGGCCCUUCCAGCCUGGUCUUUCCAGAGGGUAGACACCAUUGUCUGAACACUCAACUCAUACGAAAUAGCUCUUUUCUUCCUCUGAGGAAAUCACAGGACUCUCUUUCCUCCUUAUGUUGGUACUCUCAGAAACCCAGUUCAAGCUGUCUAGACAGCAUGCGUGGAACCCGGGGCUCCUGUAAAUGGGAGGGUGCUGGUGUCAGGCAUGGCUGGCCCUGGGAGUGCAGACAGGCCCACCAGGCCUCUGCCAGCUCUGUGGGUCUCGCUUAGCCUCAUUCUGUGUGCCGGCUCUCUUUCCACUUGCCCCAGCCAUUGGUCCACACCUGUUUGGUCAGGAGGCCAUUCCUCAAACCAGUAGCCAUUAUCAGAGGGACAGCACCUUGUGAUUGGCCCAGCGGUAGAGCACCACUCGCAACUUGAAUGGAGCAGGUUGCUGGGGAGACUUUCCUAUCAUGCCCAUUAAGCCUCCCCUGUGUUUGCCCUUGGCCUUGCCUGUGCAAGCACUGGCCAUGGGCAUCUGUGGGGGCAGGACACACGUAAGACAAGCACUGUGAGCUGUCCUGAGAGUCCCUCCAGCCUCCUCCUCCCCCAACAAAACUCCAGCCACAGAGACCGUGGAUCUGUGUCAGC